CUGAAUGGUAACAUAUUAAAUGAAAUGCAAGCACCUGUUUUCCCUCUUGUUUCAGGUGGACCAGUCUGUUUUAGAGGCUUUACCUGUAGACAUAAGGAAACAGGUGGAGCAGUCCUGGAGACACAGAGAGGAGCAGCCCAGCACCUCAUCUCAUCUCUCAACCCCACCUCGAACCUCCUCAUCUCCACCUCCAGGUCCAUCGCUUGGCACCCUUGUACUGCAGCUCCCAGACCAGCCAGGUCAACCAUGCACAACGGGCAUUAUACUAGAGCUCCCUGAUUUCUCCCAGGUUGACCCAGAAGUGUUUGCAGCUCUUCCCAGAGAGCUUCAGGAAGAGCUGUGCUCUGCUUAUAGAAACAAGGGAAAUGCUCAAGCCCAUGCUCAAGCUCAAGGCAGUGCUGGUGAGUAAA